AUGCCGCCCAAAUACCAGUUGAUCGACCCUUCUAGCAAAGACCAACAGCAAGAGCUGCAAAUCCGAGAGCUGUUAAAUAUGACGGAUAAUACUUUCUUCCAACUACACCAAGCAAAGCAACUUCGGAACUCGAAAUCGGAUCUUCUGGGAGAGAUCGAGCAUCAAUGGAUCAACUCCACUAUAAAUGACGCGUUGCAAUCAGGUCAAAGUUUGGUAAAACUCCUAGAGCCGCAUCGCCUGGAUAUGGUGAAGCGCAAGGGCAAGAUUACCUCCUCAAACAAGAAACGCUGGAAGAAUGAGGAUUGUCUAAAAGCCUACGAGAAGCAAUCUAAUUUGAUCUUGCACCAAGAGAGGCUUGAUAAAGUCUUCACCCACCUAAAGAACCUCGCUCCUCCCCAGGAGGAGAUUUCUAAAUCUGGUCCCGAUUCCAAUGAAUCCCACACCCAGUUCUUCUCAGAGCUAGAGGCUGCCAGGAAACCUACUCCUGAACUUGCAGGCGAUAUCGAGCGAACACCAGGCCUCAUCGAACCCCAAGCCCCAAUCGAGCUUCCUUCCGAUUCAGUGCCCCAAACUAUAAUCGCCGAGUUGCCUGGUGAUGCGACAUCAUUAAAACCCAAGUCCGCGAAGCCAGUCCCGAAAAUCAUCAUCACUCGAACUCCGGAGAAUAUAUCUGUUGAGUAUAUUGGAAGUCCGGCGACCCCUGACCAACCACGCCAUGAAAAUGACGAAAUGAAUCAAAUCCUCGGAUGGAAACAAACACGCAACGAUGUGCGGCUACAUCAGUCAGCUUCGCUAUCGAACAUCAUUGCUGAGAUGGAUAAUGCCCGCAUAAAUUAA